AUGGCCGGUUUCAAGUCGUCUAGUAUUAUUGUUGUUGUUAUUGGGGGUCCUUGCGAUCUCUGUCAAAAUCUUGGAUCUCGAUUGAUCGCCCUGACAGAGCGCUUAGGUGGUUUCAUGGCUUCGAAUAUUAUUAUCGUCGCACUGAACCUGAUGACUUCCGAUAUGGCCGUGAUCACGCCUUCGACUGGACUAUCUUGGUUAACGGCUCCGCUGGACAUGGACGUGUCAAUUGAUUGCGUGGUUAGACUCUUUUUUUCCUCUGCCCUUCCUGCGUUAUCUUCGGAUCUUCUACCUCGCAUUCUGAUUCCGGGCAAAGUUGGACGCGACGCGACGUAA